AGUAAAGUAGGUCAUUGACAGAUAGACUAUACUGCUUUGAAAAAUCUGCCCUGCUUCUUUAAAUACUGGUGAUCAGUCCUUUCCACUGCACUGCAUGGUUUUGUUGCUAGUUUUACAGGGUUAACUCUGUUAUCUAUCAAGUUUUAAAUAGCUUCUGUGCAGAUCAGCUAUUCAGAGUUUGUCAUCUUGUUUUCCUGAAUUCAGAGGUUGGAAAACUCUCAACUUGUGUGAAAAUGGGUGCAGUAGUAGUGAAAUCUUUGGCUGGAUUUCUGUUGCUCCUGAAUUUGUGCAUGUAUGUGACUGUUGCUGCCAUUGCUGGAUGGGCACUCAAUAAGGCCAUCGACCAUGAUUAUGUUACUGGACCAAGGAGGACUGUACCAGUGGGCUUCUCGUUUUCACCAGUGUUUUUCCCAAUAGGAAAUGAAGCCACUGGUUUUAUGGUCAUCUUUUCUCUGAUAGCUGGAGUUGUAGGAGCAGCUUCAUGUCUUUCAGGGCUCCACCAUCUUCGUGUGUGGACAGCAGAGAGCUUGGCAUCAAGUGCUUCAUCAGCCACAACAGCUUGGGCUCUUACACUUCUUGCAAUGGGGUUGGCAUGCAAAGAGAUCCAUUUGCAUGGCAGGAUCCCAAAGUUGAUAGCUUUGGAAUCAUUUGUCAUCAUUCUGUCUGCAACAAAGUUGUUUUACAUUAUGCUCAUCCAUGGUGGAUUCUUUGUUGAAAAGUACUUUACUUAUGGAGAGACACAUGUGGCCACCACUACUGCUGAGCCUAUGAAAGGAAGCACAACUGCUGCUUAAAGUUGCCACAAUUUCUUUCUUUAUGUAACCAUCUUGCAUGUAGAGUGUUUGUAAUGGCUUGGAUUUAUAUUGGUUUCUAUGAUUACUACUCAUAUGUACAAUGGAGAGGACAGUUUGCUUUAUUGAAUUUUUUAAUUUAAAAGCUUCACAACUCUUGUUUGAGUCUCUGUAAUAGGGGAGUGGAGCUAUGAUUCAACAGCUUUCACUUGAAUGGGAAAAAAGAAACAGUUAAUUAUCUCAGCAUUGAGGAUGAGAUCAUUGUGAUGUAACAUAUCUGAAUGCUUACAAUAUAUAAUGUGAAUGUGAUUGACCAUA